GUUUGACUCUGUAAAUCUAAGUGAAUCAGAGUCUCAGUUGCUCUGUUGGUUCAAACAUUUUGUUUUUAUCACCGAGGUCUGAAGUUCCCUGGAAGCUGUCGGUAGCAUCCACGUCUCCUGAGACUCUUUAGGACCCCAUGUGUGUGUCAGUGACUGUGUGUGUCAGUGAGUCUGUGUGUCAAUGUCUGUGUCAGUGAGUGUGUGUGUCAGUCUGUGUCAGUGAGUGUGUGUGUCAUUGUGUGUCAGUGUGUGUCAGUGUGUGUCAGUGUCUGUGUCAGUGAAUGUGUGUGUCAGUGAGUGUGUGUGUCAGUCUGUGUCAGUGAGUGUGUGUGUCACUGUGUGUCAGUCUGUUUCAGUGAGUGUGUGUGAUCUCAGGCCUCGGAUGAACACAUCUGGACUGACAUGGCCGUGAAUCUGAGUAAGAAUGGCGCUGCGCUCAUGGACGCCUACAAAGAGGUCGUGGACGGCAGGUCGGACACAAACUGGGCACUGUUUACUUAUGAAGGAAACAGUAAUGAUAUUCGUCUGGCACAGAAAGGAGACGGAGGUUUGGAGGAGAUGGUGGAGGAGCUGAGCAGCGGGAAGGUGAUGUACGCUUUCUGUCGGGUUCAAGACCCCAACUCAGGUCUGCCCAAAUACGUCCUCAUAAACUGGACAGGUGAAGGUGUGAAGGACUCCAGGAAAGGUCUCUGUGCCAAUCAUGUCAGCUCGAUGGCCAACUUCCUGAAGGGAGCUCACGUGACGGUGAACGCUCGAGGAGACGAUGACGUGGAACCAGAGAGCAUUCUGGGUAAAGUGGCCAAAGCAUCUGGAUGCAGUUUCAACUUCCACAAGCAGACACAAGAAUACAGGGACGCCCCCCGAGGACCCGUGGGAUCUGUGUAUCGAAAAGUCAACGCUGUGGAAGAAAUCCAACAAACCAACAAGGACGACUUCUGGUCCAAAGCUCAGAGGGAUGAAGAAGUCCGUCGUCAGGAGGAGAGCGUCAGGGCGGAGCAGGAGAGAGAGACGGUGGAGAGGGAGAGGAGGGAGACGGAGGAGAAACAUGCGAGGGAGAGGCAGAAGAGGACGAGGGAGAGAGCUCAGCUGAUUGAACAGAAUAAACUUUACCAGAAGCAGAGGGACGAGGACGAGGACGAGGACGAGGAGAGACAGAGACAAAACCAGCAGGAAAACGAAAGCACGAAGACGGGAAUCAAGUCUGCUGCGUCGGUGCAGAAAGCGAAUGAGGCCAAGUCUCUGAUUUCUCAGAGAGCGUUUAAUCCCAGAGACGUCUUUAAGCAGAGGGAGCAGAGCUUGGAGGGCAGCGACAGGUGGUCUCCUGCAGGAUCCAGACCAGGGAAGCUGCAGAGUCCAUUCUUUGCUCAGAAAUCCUUCGAGAGAGAAACCCUGGAGCGGCCCGGGUCUCCACCCGCCCCAGCAGCAGUCCGGGUCCUCCCCAUGACCCCCCUGUCUCCCUUCACACCUGCCUCACCUGAGCUGUCUCACUCACCUGUUCCACCUGCAGGCGCUGCGUACACGGAGGAGGAGGAGUGGUCGGAUGAGUUUGAUGACGAUACAGACGACGCUCCUUCAGGACUCGCUCCGGCUCAGGACGAUCUGUAUGAGGCGCCGCAGCCCGUCGUUACAGAAGACGAUCUGCAUGAGGCGCCGCAGCCCGUCGUUACAGAAGACGAUCUGUAUGAGGCGCCGCAACCCGUCGUUACAGAAGACGAUCUCUAUGAAAAUAUUUACCACAACACGCCAUCAGCUGAAGAAACGAAUGUGGAGGCUGGAGGACAAGACAUCCGAGCCAGAGCUGUUUAUGACUACCAGGCUGUGGACGACACUGAGAUAACCUUUGACCCUGAUGACAUCAUAACGGGGAUAGAGAUGGUGGACGAGGGUUGGUGGCGAGGAUUCGGACCAGACGGAAACUACGGCAUGUUCCCCGCCAACUACGUGGAGCUGAUCUAGAAAACGUCCUCUUUGGUAUCAGACAGGAAACGGGUUGAAUAAACUUAAUUCAUCUUUAUUAGUCUAACUCAAGGUUUGUUGUUUCUGAGUUCUGUAAACAAUCACAAUAAACAUGUUUUCAUUCUUCACAUCCA